AUGGUUCGACCAACUAUGCUUUAUGGGGCGGCGUGUUGGCCAAUUAAGAACUCACAUGUACAGAAGAUGAAAGUAGCAGAAAUGAGGAUGUUUAGAUGGAUGAAUGGGUAUACCAGGAGAGAUAAGAUUAGGAAUGAAGCUAUUCGGGAAAAAGUGGGAGUUGCUUCCGUGGAGGACAAGAUGCGGGAGUCGAGGCUGAGAUGGUCCGGGCAUGUAAAGAGGAGAACCAUUGAUGCUCCUGUUAGGAGGUGUGAGAGGCUGACCAUGUCGGGUUUGAGAAGAGGUCGAGGUAGUCCAAAGAAGUCUCGGGAGAGGUGA